CUGCAAGUGUCGUUUCGGGGAACCUCAAUUUUAACAGCUUUUCGGUGUCAUACCUUGUGUACAGAGAUGGGACUCCUCUACUCUAGUCUCCAUGUUUUGGAGGUUCGUGUCCAGCUUCCAGCGGCAUUCACCAAUGGGUUUUCAUAUGAAAACUUAAGUCCCCUCACGCUAAGUUGAAUAAGGCCCGUCGCGCAAGGUACAUCGCCAUCUAUUGUCGAACUUCCAACCUUCAUUAUUAGGACCAGUUACUGGCACAUGUCCCCCAUUGGUGAUACAGUCAUAAGGAAAGGAAGGAAGGGGAAGGAUUUUCCAUUUGACAAUAAAAAAAAAGUUCAAAAAAUAAAUGUUACAGUGCUAACUUCAGGUAGGUGGCACAUGUUUCUUUUUGGGGAUACAGCCAUAAGGAAAGGAAGAAACAAGAAAGUCUGUGAAACUCAAACUGAAAGAAUUAUGCAAAGAAUUGGAAAUUGUACAGUAGUGCCUCUCUUGAGGACUGCAUCCAUUCAAAAUGCUUGUAGGAAUAUUCAACAUUCAUGUAAAAUUCUGAUCAUUGGUGGUGGAACAGGAGGUUGCACCAUGGCAGCAAAAUUUACAAAACAAUAUAAAGAACCUAAACAGGUUAUUGUUGUCGAGCCAAGUGAUAUUCAUUACUAUCAACCGCUAUUUACUUUGAUCGGAGGAGGUAUAAAAUUAUUCAAAUCAUCAAAUAGGCCUAUGGCACAGGUUCUUCCUCGCAAUGCUAAAUGGAUAAAAGAUAGUGUAAUUACCUUCCAGCCAGAAUCCAAUAAUAUAAUAACAAGCAAUGGUGACACUAUUCAAUAUGAAAUAAUGAUAGUUGCUAUGGGCUUACAACUUUACUGGGAUAAGAUUCCAGGAUUAAUAGAAGGUCUCAAAAAUCCUGAUUCUCAAAUUUGUUCAAUCUAUGGUCCUGAAAUGGUAACUGAAGUCUUUAAUAAGAUAAAGAAGGUCUCAAAUGGAACGGCAGUCUUUACUUUUCCUAACACACCAGUUAAAUGUCCUGGUGCACCUCAAAAAAUCGCUUAUAUUGCCGAAGAUUAUUGGCAACAGAAGAAGAUUCGAGAUAAAUUAAAAGUGGUAUAUAAUACAUCUUUACCAGACAUUUUUGGCGUAAAAAAAUAUGCUGAUUCUCUGUGGGCUGUAUGCAAGAAAAGGGGUAUUAUUGUGAACCUCCAGACAAAUCUUUUGAAAAUUGAUCCAGACAAUCGAGAAGCUAUUUUUCAGAACUUGAAGGACCCAGAUAAGACAUUUGUCCAAAAGUAUGCCUUGCUUCAUGUAACGCCUCCAAUGGGUCCACCUAGUAUUUUGAAAAAUCAUACAAAUUUGACGAACGCUGCUGGCUUUUUGCGUGUGGAUCCGAAAACUCUUCAACAUGAACAAUAUACAAAUAUAUUUGGCAUUGGCGAUUGUACCAAUACACCGAACUCAAAGACAAUGGCUGCGAUAUCAUCUCAAUCGAAAGUCGUAUAUAGAAAUGUAAUGGAUUACUUGGCUGGAAAAGAAAUACGUUCAGUUUACGAGGGUUAUGCAUCGUGUCCAUUAGUAACUGGGUAUGGAAAAUGUAUUUUGGCAGAAUUUGAUUACAAGUUACAGCCUUUGGAAACUUUCCCGUUUGAUCAGGGGAAAGAGUAUUACAUGAUGUAUUGGCUGAAGAAGACUUUCUUUCCUUUCUUGUAUUGGAACCUGAUGCUUAAAGGAAAUUGGGAUGGCCCUGAAGUUUUUCGAAAAUAUUUUAAUGUUUUUAAAAGGAAGAGCACUGAAUCUGUCAAUUAAAAAAUAUACUUCAAGAAAAUUGAGAAUAUGCUAUUGUAUGUACAUACACAGCCUGCUGCCUAUUUAACUCUUGAAAGGUGCAGCUUAUUUUUACUGUACUUGACCGGUACACUGACCCAAAAGGGGACACGAAUUUCAAAUGACAAUUGUGACAUUCCUAAUUAUCGUAGAAUAAUUUUUUUUUAAUUAAAACUUAGAGUUUCUACUUUUUAAACAUCUAAUCAAAUGUUUGAUUAUCUGAAUUUUUAGCGCAGAUAUUUUAAUUUAAAGUUGAAAAAGUGUUUUUUUCGUUUUUUUUCUUUAAUUUUUUAUAUCUCCACUUUUAUUACAGAUAUCGAGAUGAUCUUUGUACGAUUUUAAAGUUGAAACUGUGAAGUUUCAUGUAGUAUCGAUGAUGUUUGAUUUAUUACAAAUUAUUGAUUUUAUCCAUGAAGGUGAAGUUUGACUAUAGGAUAUAUUCAAGGGUAUAGUCGUAAAAGGAGUAAUUUGGGUGGCAUUUCAAUGAUGAAACUUUUUUAUGCUAAAAUACAAAAUUAAUAUAUUUAUUAAAAAUAAUUAAACAAAAUUACGCUGUGUAAUAUUUGCAUUCGACACACAACGAGCAACGAUGCCAGAAUAUUCUUCAGGAUCUGUCUCCCAGUCUGGACAAUAGUCGCUGUUGCAAUUAGCCAUUUACAAAAAUUAAAAUUAAAAAAAGUUCACCUAUCAAUUAUUUAUAAAUUUGGUUUAUAAACUGUCUUCUCUUAUACAAAUAAUUAAAAUAAACAUGUACUUACAUUUUAUCAAACUUA